AUGAAUCAGUCUCUCCCAUUAUGCAUGGACUUCCAACUUUGGAACGAUUCUGUCAAUACGUCGGUGGCUAUCAAUCAAGACUGGUUAGCUUGGUUUGGUGUAUCAUUUGGGAAACUUCAUGGUCCACUUAGUCUUGCAGUUUGCGCAUUCGGAAUAUCCACAAAUCUGACCAACAUUGUCGUGCUAACCCGCCCAGCUCUAGCGAACUCUGCUACAAACCAGUUGUUGCUAUGUUUGGCCGUGGCCGACCUGAUAACAAUGUUAAUCUACGUCCCCGGAUUGUGUCACUUCUACAUUGCCCAACCUACUCCUAUGAAAAGUCCUAUCUAUAGCCCCUCAAAAAGCUGGGUGACCUACCAGACUGGGGCAGCGAGUGGGGUUAUUGUGUUUCAUUCUGUUGCAAUUUGGAUCACAGUUAUACUUGCGGUUUUCCGAUACAUACACAUCGGGUUUCCGUCAGUGGGGCCUCGAAUUGCUACCAAACGUCGUGCAAUGACUUCAGUCUUUAUAGCCAUCGUGAUUUGUUUUGUCAUAGUCAUUCCAAAUACCUUGAUCAACUAUGUGGAUUCAUGUCUAGGACCCGGUGACAAUAUUCAACGUCUACGUGUCUAUUAUUUUGUUAACGUUCCUAGCCUGGACGAAUCAACCGAAUCCUGUUGGAAACAGUUUCACACGCAAUGUAUGCUUGUGUUCAACUUCUGGUCACAAGCAACCGUAUACAAAAUCUUACCCUGUUUUCUCUUAGCCACCCUUACUGUGUUGCUCAUAUACGAAUUACGCUUGGCGACAAGGCGCCGUAAAAAGCUACAUUGUCUCCGAGAAAGAACUCAUGGCCAAACUCUUUUGUCAGACUGCCAGAGACCUCAGAUGCCCCAGAGCAAGAGGAAUGAUGAACGCAACCAGCAGUACAAUGAAAAUCGUACCACGUCGCUUUUGUUAACAAUUCUUAUAUUCUUCCUUGUUGUUGAAAUGCCACAAGGUGUCCUUGUGAUAUGUCUCCAUCUAAUCCCAGAUUUCUAUGAACGAGUCUACCGCCACUUGGGCGACUUCAUUGACUUUACUACCUUAGUAAACGAAGCGAUAAACUUUGUCAUCUACACAACCAUGUCUCAACAAUUUCGGUUGACAUUCUGUAAGGUGUUUUACAUAAAAAGAAUAAAAUGUUGGACGGCUGGAAACUCCAGUCGACAUGCCCCAGUUUCUUCUGCGGUGAACCGAGCAAAAGCCGGUGAGAAUGCAAAAAGUGAAUGUCUUGUGAUUGGUGCUCACGAUCCUUAUACUUCAUCUGCGGUUCCAUGCAGACUGACAGAGACGUCCGUCGCUGCAAAUAUGGUCAACUAG